UAGAAGAAAUGUCACCGGCAGCUUCAACCAGAUGGUGUCCGACUCCGGAACAGCUUAUGAUAUUGGAGGAGAUGUACAGAGGAGGGAUUAGGACUCCAAAUGCAACCCAGAUACAACAGAUAACAGCCCAUCUUUCCUUCUACGGCAAGAUUGAAGGAAAGAAUGUGUUCUACUGGUUUCAAAACCACAAAGCAAGAGAACGACAGAAACUUCGAAGAAAACUUAGUAGACAACAGCAGCAGCAACAGCAGCAGCAAUAUCCCCACCACCAUUUUCUUCAUCAGAUCGAUCCCUCUGAUGCUGCUGCAGCUGCUCUUCAACAAAUCCCACUUUAUAACUCAACCCAGAUUGUUCCCCAGAUUGGAGGACUAAAGGAGUCGUCAUCAAACGACGAUAUAGAGAGGUCGACGAGGAUGUACGGUCGUGAUUGGAUGAUGAUGAUGAUGGACGUGGGUCCGGCUACUCCUUGUUGCAACAGGCCUCUGAAAACUCUACAACUCUUCCCUAUUACAACCAGCAGCAGCCUGAAAGACGAGUGCACCACGUCCGACCACCUUUCCUGCUCCACGUCCUCCGACUAACAACUACAAACAAACUACUACAAGUGCAUGGCUGGGGGGCUCAUCUCUCAUCUGUGUGUGGGUGUGGGUGUUGCUCUCUAUCUAUCUGUCUAUAACUAUCCUUCUAUCUUCUAUCUAUUAUCUAGAUAUCUAUCUAUCUAUCCAUCUUGUGUUUCGUUUCGUCUCGAUUUCUGUUAUCUGUGUCGAACUAUCAUGUCUGGAGUCUAACUAGUGCUUGUAUGACUACAGCAGCAUUACGACAUUGAGCACUGUUUUCUUUUUAACAUUUAUAUAUUUUCUUUUUCUAGUUUGA